AUGCAGAGGAUCCGGAGGGCCAAGCCGGAGCAGAAGGGUCAGGUGACCAAGGCGGAGGUGGGGAACACAGGAGGAUCAGGGCUUGACAGAACCAGUGGAGAUACAGGAGAUUCAGGGCUAGACAGAACCAGCGAAGUCACAGGAGAUUCAGGGCUGGGUGGAACCAGCGGAGACACUGGAGUUUCAGGGCUGGCUGGAACCAGGAGAGACACAGGAGAAUUAGGAAUUACCUCCCUAAACCAGUCUAUAAGCUCCGUGCAGUGGGAUGACAGUUGGCUGGUCUCUGGUUCGGGAGUGGGGCUGGAGAUAUCCUCCUCAGUGGGGCCGACGGUGAACGGGGAUCUCUUGUUCACCAGCACCCACUCCACAAAGGUGGCGAAAUCCUCUCUAGGACCGUUCACUGGAAAAUCAGGAAGGAAUACACUGGAUUCCUUCAUGAUGUUUAGGGCUGUAAAGGAGAAGGAGAGGAAAACCUUCUUUACUAAGAAAUGUCAGGAAUCUAAGAAGGAUAAAAAAAAUGGUGAAGACUGUAGUGGACAUUCUUCUAGCGAAGAUAGUGAAGUGCAAGUAAAAUCGACAUCUCACAGUCCACAUUAUGAGAGUGACACUUUGAUGUGGGAUGAUCCAGAUGAAGCAAGCACACCAAAGACAAGAAGCACAUCAGACAGAAAUUACACACAUCUUUAUGCACCAAUAGUUAUCGAAAGUGACUCAGAAGAGUCAAAUGAGAGCAGACAAUAUGUUCAAGAGGAAAGCACUGAUGUAUUAUCUGCAGCAGACAUUGUGUCAGAUCUCUCAUUGAAGAUCAGAAGGACGUCUUGCUGCAGAUUCAACAUAAAUAGAGCUAAUGUUUGGGAUGGAGCAGUUCGUGGUUUUAAACGUGCAUCAUAUGACCCAUUGCAAGACAUGCUUGUCAAAUUCACAGAUGACGAAGGCACAAUUGAAGAUGCAGUGGACACAGGUGGUCCCAAACGUGAGUUUCUAACCCUGCUAAUGGACUGUUUAAGAGCACGGAGAAUCUUUGAUGGUCCUGAAAAUAGGAGAUUUCUCACCUUUAACAAUGCAGCUGCCAGAGAAGAUGAAUACUUCCUUGCUGGGCGGAUGAUUGCUGUUUCUGUUGUUCACGGUGGUCCAGGUCCUCGCUUCCUCUCAGAAAUGGUGUACGAUCACCUCACUGGGAGGUCUGACAUUAAUGGAACAGUUGAAGAUAUAACAGAUGAGACCAUGAAGGCAGCUUUACUUGAGAUAUCCAGCGCAGCUUCAUUGGAUGAAUUACUCAUGCUCAUUGACAAGUAUGCCAGCUUGCUGCAGACUGCUGGAUGUUUUGAUUACCCACAAAGUGUAGAAGGCAAAGACAACAUUGUGAAGGAUUUCAUACAAUGGUACAUAUUAUACAGAAACCAGUACUCCAUACAAAGAUUUAGGGAUGGUCUUUCCACCUUGGACGUCAUCCAUGCCCUUGAACAACAUCCAAGUGUAUUCAGACCCUACAUGUGCUACAGUGUUGAGAAUCUAAAAGCUGAAUCAUUGGAGGCUGUCUUCAAGGCUCAGCUCUGUGAAUUUGGUAGCACCAGACGACAAGAAGAAACAAGGAUUCUAGGAUACUGGAGAGACUAUCUACUUGACACUGGAGGUAAAGGAUUGUAACAUCACAUUUUAUUGUUGUUGUGUACAUAUUUCAUAAUAUUCCAUUGUUGCUUCUUUUCUUUUUUCAGAACAAGAAACCGGAGUCUUCCUCCAGGACAUCCUGAUGUUUGCUACAGGACUGGAUUCACUGCCUCCUUCAACAAUUCUGCCUCAGCCCCGACUGAGUUUUGAGUGGACUUCUAAAUUUCCCAUUGCCAGCACGUGUGCCAACACAAUCAAAUUGCCA